AUGACUCGGCAAUCGAUGCGAUUUUCAUGGAGGGCAUGUGCCAUCUCCAUGAUUGUUGUUUUUGCGUUAUCUUCCUUUGCAUCCGCCAAAUUACAAGUCCCGGACAAAGGUGCAAUUGCAAGCUAUGAUGCGGCUCAAAUUGAAGAAGAGUUGCAGCAAUGCCCCCUAGUUCAAGCGUUGAACGAGCAUAAAUUAGCAUCCCGUCCAGAAACUGCGAGCUGGACGUCGCAAAUCUUUGCUGUGCUCUUUCCAGGGAGCCCUGCGGUCAACGCGUUGUUGGCGACAUUAUACAUUUCUGGACCACCUAAUUUCCUCCUCGCGCUGUGCCCACCAAACAUCGACCCCUCCUCACUUUCGAUUAUGGUAGCCUUCGCCGUGGGAGGAUUGUUAGGUGACACACUAUUCCACCUCCUACCAGAAAUUUUUCUGGGUGAGGACUCACCUGAACAUGCUCGAUUUGUACUUGUGGAAAAUAACAAGAACCUUUUACUUGGCCUUGGAAUCAUGGUAGGCUUUCUCACGUUUGUAGCCAUGGACAAAACGCUGCGUAUUGCGACUGGAGGAGAAGGUGGACAUGAUCACGGCCAUUCGCACGAUAACCAUGAUUCUGCCAUUACCACCGGCUCCAGUCCGGCAAAGGGCAAUAAUAACAGCGGCGAAGUGAAGAAGCGAAAGGGUACAUCAGCCAAGAGCAAGGUUGAAGUAGAAGAGAAGAAGGAAGAAAUCAACCCAAGUGCUAAAUUGGGAGGAUAUCUCAACCUCAUUGCCGAUUUCACCCACAACAUCACCGAUGGAUUGGCUCUAUCUUCGUCAUUUUAUGCUUCACCGACCAUCGGAGCCACCACUACGGUGGCAGUCUUCUUCCAUGAGAUCCCUCAUGAAGUAGGUGAUUUUGCCCUGUUGAUUCAAUCCGGCUUUUCCAAGAAGAAGGCCAUGGGCGCACAGUUUGUGACUGCCAUCGGUGCGUUUUUGGGAACCUUUAUUGGUAUUGCUGUCCAGGAAUUUGGCGACAAUACCUUGUCAUCGAGCACUUCAUCCGAGGCAUCGAGAGGACUGUGGGGGACUGGCCUGAGCUGGGGAGACAUGUUGCUCCCAUUUACUGCGGGGACGUUCCUCUACGUCGGAACUGUGGCUGUGAUUCCGGAAUUGCUCGAGACGGGCAAAAAUAAAGGGGUAGAGAUCAGAAAAACAAUUGCACAGUUUGCGGCAAUCGCGGCUGGUGCCGGAAUUAUGCUUUGGAUCUCGUGGUCUUGA